AUGAUUAACCAAGGAUUAGGCGAUGCCUUUGUCGCAGAAGUCAAUGUGAAGUCUGCAUCCAAGGUGAUAAAGGCUAUCGACACGGCUUUCCCCAGAGACCCUUCCCUUCCGCUAUCCCACCUCCGUCGCUUCGCCAAAAGAGAAUUGCUCCCACCGCCGCUGAGGGCAGCGAUUGAAAGUCAGAGCGUUCCUCUAGAGACCCCGGCACAAACAAUCUUCGUCCUCAUAUCACCACCAUUGCCCGAUCUCACCACAGUCAAGGCUCUGCUCGCUCCGUUUGCGCCAAACACAGCGCCGGCCACUACAAACGAUCCUGCGACUACAAAUGAAACGCCAGAGGAAGCUUCACCCUCCGAUCCCCCUUCCCCUACUAUUCAACUUCACCCAAUCAAAAUCCCCCUUGCACCCCCCUUCAACACAACUCAAGCCGAAAAAUGGACCAAGACCCUCUGGCCAGUCAUAUUCAACCCAGCAGCACCCCGCUCAACUGUUGCACCGCCCCCUCAGACCCUAAAACGCGCACAAGAAUCUAUUGAACCACGAGCAGGGUACUACUUAUCCCUCGCGCGCAAAGUAGCAGAGGAAGCAGAACAAUCUGGGCUAGGCCGUGGCGUAGGCGCAGUGAUAGUCGACCCUGCCAUUGAAGAAGAGAUAACCGAGGCAGGUUAUGAGGCCGGAUAUGACACUACAUCAGAAUGGGACGAAGCAGUCCUCGCAGUUGCCGGUGAUGCACGGUACUCUCGAUCCGAGGCGGGCGCGCCAUCCCAGGCCCAGCUGCACACUGGGGUAGCGCCGAACCCAGCGAGCAAGACAUACGAUGCAGAUAUCGAGGGCGGGCCUGAACUGCACGCGUUAAUGCGUGCCGUCGAGCUGAUUGCUCGUUGGCGCCGAGAACACGAUUGUUCUGACGGCAUGCCUGCAUCAACAGCUACUGCGGAUUCAUUGAAGCCAGAACUAAACCAGCCAGAGCUGAGCGCCCUCGAAUCAUACUUCUUAUACCGACACCGUCCUGGUGCAUCCCCCAACUCCUCAAACCCACCUCAAUCGCCGUCCUCUCCAUUGAAGAGGAAACACGAAGUCCCGAAUCCCGAAUCCGACUUGACUAUCGACACCUCUACAGACCCCUCGCAAUCCCAGCUCCAACACCCACCUCUCCCCGCUCCUCCCCCAUCUACCGUGGUACUUGCGGAUUCUUCUACCACAGCUACAACGCCCGCAGCUCCGCGUAUUCGCACCCGCUCGCAGGGUGGCUACCUCUGCACAGACUUGGACGUCUACCUUUCCCAUGAGCCGUGUCUCUGCUGCUCUAUGGGCAUGCUUCUCUCCCGGUUCCGCUCUGUCAUCUUCCCUAGAAGUGGGAGGUUAGAGAGUGGCGGCCUGUCUUCUGAGCCGGCCGUUGGUCCUGUGGCCGAUGAGCGUGAUCAAGAUGCAGAGGCUGAUACUUCUGCGGUUGAUGGACAGGAAGAGAGGGGAUACUAUGGGCUACAUUGGAGGAAGGAGUUGAACUGGAGGGCUCUUGGAUUUGAGUUUGUGGAGGAUGGGGAAGUGGAAGCCAAGAGCGAUGCUGGAAUGCCUGUCUUCCAUGCUUGA